AUGCGCCCAUCGACUUACAUUGCGCGUGGGCUGAGCCUUGCCACUUUGUUGAUGGCACUGGGAGUUUCUGCUUCUCUGGAUGAUCCUGAGAUAGUCAUUGAAACCACUUUCCCCGAGAGCAAUCCAUUUGGCCACGUGGUGAACGGAGAGCGUAACCAGCUUUUCCUCGUGGUUGAGAAUAGGUCUGACAAGAAUAUAACUUUGCAAUCUGUUGCGGGAUCCUUCCAUCAUCCUGAGACUGGAACUCUCAUCAAAAAUACGUCUUCACUGACGUAUGGUUUCCCCCUGCUCGAGGGUACAAAACUACAAAUUCCUUACUCUUUCUACUCUGAAUUCAAGCCGGGAGACCUGAGACUCAACAUUUGGCUAGAGCACACCGUUGAUGACGACAAAUACCGUGUGACAGCCUACGACUCGGUGGUGACGAUUGUUGAGCCUGAGCCAUCAUGGCUAGAUUUCAAACUCCUUUUCACUUACCUCAUAGUGUUUGCCACACUUGGGGGUGUCUCAUAUGCAGCAUACAGCGCAUAUGUUCCUUCACAGAAGCCGAAACGCAAACGCCCAACCCAGGUUAGCGCACCUGUCGGCACAGUGACUGCAAGUGGUUCGGGUGGUUACCAGGAAGAGUGGAUCCCUGAACACCACCUCAAGAAGACAAAGGGAAAGAAGACAAAGUCCGACAACGUUGUAGUGAGCGAGGAAUCGAGCAGUGAGGCGAAUGGCACAGAGGGAAAGAGGACGAGGAAGGGGAAGAAGCAUUGA